UGAUGAUGGAGCACUGAAGGAGAGCAGCUUCAUUUUGAUUGGAGCAAAGAUUCAAUCAACAAAGAAAGAUGGCCGAAGUGUUGGAGUUGCAGAAACUGAAGCUUGCUGAGCUGAGGCAGGAGUGUGAUGUCCGAGGUCUGGAAACUAAAGGAAACAAAGGAGAGCUCAUCGCCAGACUCCAUGCCUACCUGGAAGAACACGGUGAAGAGGAAGAUGAGGAUGUAGAUGAUGUGCUGGCAGAGGAUACAGCGGACUUUACAAAAGUUGAAACUUCUGACACAGUAAAAGUGGACGAUGACWCUGAAACUGUUGCCAGUGAGCCACCUGCUGAGAAGAAGGUGGUGAAAAUAAGUCCUCCGUUAUCUACUGGAGAAAGGCUACAGAAGAGAGCUGAACGUUUCAACAUGCCAGCAUCAGCUGACAGCAAGAAAGCCAUGCGUGCAGCAAGGUUUGGUCUUCCCUCUGAUGCCGCCAGUCCCUCUCCAGGUGUUGCUGCGAACAGUAAAACUGCUGUCAAUAUCGAUCAGCUGAAGAAGAGAGCAGAGAGAUUUGGAAUGAACGUUUCAACGAUUUCACAAAAGGUGGAGGAUGAUGAGAAGCUGAAGAAGAGGAAGGAGAGGUUUGGGAUCCAAACAGGAGCAUCUUCAGUUGGAGCAGAAGACGUGGAGGCAAAGAAAAUGAAGCGCGCUGAAAGAUUUGGGAAAGUGUAAAUGGUGUUUUUGUUAGUUUUGUUGGCUUUUCAAGGCUGUGGAACCUUUUCAGGUUUGUGAGGAACAGAAGCGUCUGCGUGCAUCAGAGUGCAGUUAAAUACAAAGUUAGAUGUUAACAGAGAAAUCUACCAAGUUCUGCUUCAUCAAACCGUUUCCUGUCUUCAGUUUUCUGUUGGUUGUUUUCUCUUUGUUCACUUUGAUGAGGAAACUUUAAAUUUUAUCUAAAUUCUUUUAGGAAAUUUGUUUUUUUGGUUUUGUUUCCAAAACAAAAUAUUUCAGAAUGACUUUGUCCUGCUUCCUUUAAACAUAAUCUUUUUGUUCAUUACAGGUGAUUUUUAAUUUUAAAAACUGAAUUGAAGGAAGCUGAGGCCUGUGUUAACUGUAUUUAACUGGACUUUUGAUUCAUCAUUUGUCAUUGAACUUGUUUUAUUUUGGAGGUAAUUUCCUGUAAUGCAGCUUCAGGUUCUUCAUCUGUCCAUUUUAUAACAGUUUGUCACUUAAAAUAAAUGCUUUUCAUAUUUU